UCAUCACUAUGUCACAUAGUGUAUCAGCAAGUCUUGCAGGGUUUGCCUUUGACUUGCUGAGUGCUUUCAAAAGAACCAGUGCCAGAGCGCAAGGCUCGAAGUCAGACUUGUGCAGGUUUUGUCUUUUCUGUCCUUUCUUGAUCAGCCGAAGCACACCAUGCCGGACAUCUCCAAAUCCGACAUCUCACCCAACCUGGACCGCGACAAGAUGUUCAACGAGCUUUGGUGGUUGAACUAUUGUUUCUGCGAAGGGGUUGGCAUCGGUGCAGUUGGCAAUCCAUUCUUUGGAGGAGAGGCUGUUAAUAUUUGCUUGCACUCCAAAUGUGAGAUGACUGACAUCGGGGAUCCCUUCUGCUCCAACAUCCGCGUUUGCCUAUGCCUCACGGAUCAAUGCUCUCUUCCCCCAGCGCCGGGCUCCCCCAUCUGCGUUUGCUUCAACAAGAAGCUUGCAGGUGAUGAUGGUUGGAGUGGACAGCAACUCUUCGACUGGAGCACGAACUUUGGAGACACAUUCUGGCUCUACUACAUUUUCUGCAUGGGUCUGGGAUUCUCUGCUCCUCAAGCCAAUGGCCGUCCGUUCUUUGCUGUGCAGACGAAGGAACUGUGCAUCAAGGGUGGAACCAAGCUGGCUAUGCCGAUGGAGGGUGGAAAGCUGUGUUCCGCUGUGAGCACUCGCCUGUGCUUCUGGGAUCAAUGUGCUAUGCCGCCAGCUGAGGGGGCUCCCAUGUUUGUGUGCUUCAACUUGCUGAACCCCAAGUCAGGGGCAAAGCCACUGGCCUAUGGAUCUUAGAUUGUGGCUACGUCAAAGCUGGGACUUCAAGACAGGUCCUUUUUUUAGGCUGCCUUGGUCGAACACCACUGUAUUGGCUGAAUACGCCUCUCACAGUGCCCGACCCAGCGGCAGCUUCGCACCACAGUAACUGCCUUUCUGAGGGGUUUGAUUUGGGUCAGCCCUGAGGAAGCUGAGGCGAUCCUUGAAAAGCAGAA